AUGAAAUUUAGUGGAUAUCAGACACUAAAAUCGAUUAAAAAAAUUGGGCCGACUGAUUUGUGGGCUGAUUCGUCUCAGCCUGCUGAGUCUGUUGAGUCGUCUCAGCGGGACACAUGCGAUUCAUGGCGCUUGAGCCGGCGAAUCAACGCUGUUCUUCGCCGUGAUCUUCCUCGUGCAUGUUGCCGUCGGCUACAGGUCGACAUAGAUGUUACGACAUGGAGCCCUACAGGUCGAAUACGCCAUGGAAACAGUGAAGCAAGGCUCUGUGCAAUUGGUCUCAGAUCUCGCAACCAUGUCGUACUCGCUUGUGUUAACAAAACCCAAUCGGAGGUCUCUUCACAUCAGAGGAAAAUCUUCAAAGUCGAUGACUAUAUAGGCGUUGCAAUCGCCGGUCUCACCGUCGAUGGUCGUGUUCUCUCUCGUUAUAUGAGAUCGGAUUCAAUCAAUCACUCUUUCACCUACGAGUCUCCUCUUCCCGUUGGCCGGCGUGUCGUUCAUCUCGCCGAUCAAGCCCAGAUUCGCUGCUAUCGCCUCUUUUGCUUGUAUCGUUGA